AUGUUAAGUAAAAAAGUCACUGGACCCACAAUCCAAGUUAUUGAAGGUAUUGAGCCUGACGAGGAUAGUGGGGAACGAGAAGACGCCAGGACGGACUCGUCCAAACGUCUGGUUCUACACAGCGCAGAAGAUCAGGCGGCGGAAAUUAACAGCCUGAAGCAGACGAUAGCCUCCAUGCAGACUACAAUAACAUCAUUACAGGCAGAUUUCCAAGCGUUGCAAAACGCCCACACGUCAUUGAAUGGUCAAGUUAAUACAAUGACCACCCAAACAGAGUUUGGGCGGAAAAACAUACAUAGUUUUUGUUUAGGCUAUACGUCCGGAAAGCGUUACGAUGACGUUGGAAGCGGUGUUGAUACGUUCUGUUUGCCGGAGGAGCCGUUGUGGGGAAAGUACAGUGACGCAUCUAACGGUUAUAGAGCGUAUAUCUACGGUAGUGAAAUACAUCAUGAUGCCAGUGAUAAUGAAUUUCCAUAUGCCGUUCAUAACCAGGAUAUGCCAUGCGCCGUGUGCUUGUCUGAGCGUGCACUAAACUUGAUGAUCCCGGGAAGAACAGCCUGCUACCCUGGCUGGACGCUCGAGUAUUCAGGCUACAUGAUGACAAAUGUGCAAGGCAGAGAAAGUGGCCAGGAUACCAUCUGCGUUGAUGACCACCCCGAGUUUCUUGACCAUGGGGGUAGCGAUGACAGCCAGCACAUCCUGUACCUGGUAGAAGCUCAAUGUGGGUCCCUACCUUGUCCUCCAUACGUCAACAACAGAGAACUGCCGUGCGCUGUCUGUUCUAAAUAA